AUGAAACAUGAUAUCGAUUUCGGAGAAAUUCACGGCCCUCACAAUUUCUUUUCUCAAGCAUUCAGCGCAGAGCCAUACCAUAAGAAUUUCAACUUCUUUUGGAAGACUGUAGCAAUCAUGUCUAAGAUCACAGUCGCCGGAGUGCGCCAGAAUGUCGAGAACCUUCUCAACUACUCUCUCAAUGAGAAGAAGCGUAACUUCAACGAGACCGUCGAGCUUCAGAUCGGUCUGAAGAACUACGACCCCCAGCGUGACAAGCGUUUCUCUGGCACCAUCAAGCUGCCUACCGUCCCCCGCCCCAACAUGGCCAUCUGUAUUCUUGGUGACCAGCACGAUCUUGACCGUGCUAAGCACCACAACAUCGAUGCCAUGUCCGUUGACGAUCUCAAGAAGCUCAACAAGAACAAGAAGCUCAUCAAGAAGCUUGCUCGCAAGUACGAUGCCUUCCUUGCUUCCGAGGGUCUGAUCAAGCAGAUUCCCCGUCUCCUCGGUCCCGGUCUGUCCAAGGCCGGAAAGUUCCCUACCCCCGUCUCCCACGCUGAGGACAUGGCCGCCAAGGUCACCGACGUCAAGUCCACCAUCAAGUUCCAGCUCAAGAAGGUUCUGUGCCUCGGUGUUGCCAUCGGUCACGUCUCUAUGGAGAAGGAGGCCCUUGUUGCCAACCUGAUGCUCGCCAUCAACUACCUUGUCUCCCUCCUCAAGAAGGGCUGGCAGAACGUUGGCAGUCUUGUCAUCAAGGCUUCCAUGUCUCCUCCCACCGUGUCUACUAGAUUAUCUGUCGCUUAACUGCGCCGGUGUUUUCUAGUUUGGGCCUGAGAACUGGGUUUAUGUCAUAGUCUCACGACUGAAAAUAAAAAUGAAGCUCAUGAUCGGUCUCAA